GCAUCGCCGGGCACACAGACGCGGGGCUUAUAGCGUAUCUCCAUGAAAGUGUACGGGCGCGACUGCCGCUACCCACCGCCGUCGACCUCAACGCCACGAACGAUAGAGCAUCGGCACUUCAGUUCUCGCCGGCAGCCGCCACCGUUCAGACAUGACCCGCAACGCAGCGACAACGACUUUAUACGCGCUCGCGACGUGCCUCGUAAUCGCGACUCUUGCGAGUCUCGACGUUCGGGCCGAGCCCGAUGAGCUGAAGGUCGAGAAUGUCUACGUGCCCGAAGUUUGUGACGUCAAGUCGAAAAAGGGUGAUCAGCUGACUAUGCAUUACACCGGGACCUUGAAGGACGGUACCAAGUUCGAUUCAAGCCUUGACAGGGAUCAACCCUUUACUUUCCAGCUGGGUGUGGGACAGGUGAUCCAAGGAUGGGACCAAGGACUCCUGGACAUGUGCGUUGGUGAAAAACGGAAGUUGAUAAUUCCGCCGAAGCUUGGAUACGGCGACAACGGUGCCGGAAACGUGAUACCCGGAGGUGCUACCCUUCUGUUUGACGUCGAACUGAUCAAUAUCAGCGACUCGCCGCCGACGACUAACGUCUUCAAAGAAAUCGAUGGCGACAAGGACAAUCAAUUGUCUCGCGAGGAGGUGAGAACAAUGGUCAGCGAAUAUCUGAGGAAACAGAUGGUGGAGGCUGAGAGCACUGGAGCUGGCGACAAUGAGGAGGUCAAGAAAAUGCUCGCCGAUCAUGACAAACUGGUAGAGGAAAUCUUCCAGCACGAGGAUAAAGAUAAGAACGGAUUUAUCUCUUACGAGGAAUUCAGCGGUCCUAAGCACGAUGAACUUUGAACAUAAUGCCCUUAAACAAAUUCUCCAUUUAUUCGCUAACCGAGCUAAACUGCAAUCAAGUCACACUCGAAUAUCUCAUUCAUCUCAACAUUAAGAUGAUACACAGCAUCCACAGCUCGGUGCUUCGAAUUUUCUUAACUCUGUGUCAAUUCAAAGACCUUCCUAAGAAGAAAGAAAGAGAGAGAGAGAGAGAGAGAGAGAGAGAGAGAGAGAGAGAGAGAGAGAGAGAGAGAGAUAUAGAGAGACCGACAAACAGACUUAUAAAAAAAUGGAGAGCGAUUCAAAUUCACAUUUCUCAAAAAAAUUAUAUGGCGCAUCCACUCGCUCGCAGAUACGAAGUGGACGUUUUACGAAGGGGCGGGAAAUUCAAAAAUUCGGAAUUCUCGCUUCUCGUGUCCCCUUCGUAUUUUUCAACGAUGACAAUUAAAUAGAUCUUUAUCAUGGAUCACCAUCUUCUCCCUUAUCACUGUUACAUUCCGUGAAAACUACUACGUCACUUGCACACAAUGUGAUGAUCAUUCAUUAAGUUAGUAAAAUCUGUAUAUGGAAUGAUUGUAAGGAUUUUUGGAAAAGAGAAGGAGAGAGUACGUGCAUGUGUUUCUGUGUGUGUGUGUGUAUUCAAGAGAACUCUAUUUGCGCGUGAGGGUACUAUAAGGAAAGAAAAAAUAAAAGAAAAAAAAUUUUUUAAAACUAGUAAAUCGGUAACGAAGUGAAAAUCAUGAAUAUAUAAAAUAGCCAUGUAUAACGACAGUCUGAUUUUUAUUAUGAUUUCCAUUUCGUACCGCCAGAUGGUAUCGUUGUCUUUGUCGCAAGUGAAUCUUACGAGAGCAAAGAAAAAAGAGAAUGAAUGGUGCAUAAUAUAGAGAUGAAGUUAAAAAGAAAGAUAUUUAUAUCAAUUAGGGGAUGCGUGACUGUAAGCGAGAUCGAAAUUUACGAUUUCUCAUAAUCCAUUUCGAAGGAUGAUUUUUUUUACGUAAAUAAUAACAAAAAGAAAGAUUAAAUUUCAAAAAAGUUCAGUGUUUCCUCACUGCGAUUCAGAAAUGUUCUCCAGAUGUUUUGUCUCUCUCCUAUCGUUUUUCGAGAAAAAAAUUUUUUAAAAGAGAAGAACAAGAAUCGGUAUCGGCUUACGAAGCGAAAAAAAAAAAACAAAGAAACGGAGGAUAAGAGAAAAUAAAUAAUUUUUAUUAGGGAGGAAUGAUUUAUAAAUAAAUUAAUUAA